CCCAGCCCUCCCUUCUCGAGCCCCCCCUUCCCUCCGCUCACCUUAAAACCACCGUGCAUCACCAUGGCGAGUUGCUCCUUCGCUGGCGACCGAGCACUAAGGAGACUGAGAGCUGCAGCAGCCGCAGCCUCCGCAGCUCUAGCAGCAGUGGCGACCACCCCGCUUCUUUCCUCCGGAACCCCGACCGCACUCAUUGGGACCGGGCCGUCCUGUCCGGGAGCCAUGUGGCUCCCCACGGCCACUGGCUCCCGGUCAGACUCCGAGUCCGAAGAGGAGGACCUCCCCGUCGGGGAUGAAGUCUGCAAACGCGGCUACCUGAGGAAGCAGAAGCAUGGGCACAGGCGUUACUUCGUGCUCAAACUCGAGACCGAAGACGCACCGGCUCGGCUCGAAUACUACGAAAAUGCCAGGAAGUUCCGGCACAGUGUCCGCGCCGCGGCGGCUGCGGCAGAGGCAGCCGCCUCCGGUGCUGCGGUCCCCGCGCUCAUCCCACCAAGGCGCGUGAUCAUCCUGUACCAGUGCUUCUCCGUGAGCCAACGAGCUGAUGCCCGGUACCGACACCUCAUUGCCCUUUUCACCCAAGACGAGUACUUCGCGAUGGUAGCCGAGAACGAGUCGGAACAAGAAAGCUGGUACUUGCUCCUCAGCCGCCUCAUCCUCGAGAGCAAGCGCCGCCGCUGCGGCACGCUAGGCGCGCAGCCGGACGGAGAGCCGGGGGCCCUGGCGGCAGCAGCGGCGGCGGAGCCACGCUUCUACAAAGAUGUGUGGCAGGUAGUAGUGAAACCCAGGGGGCUGGGGCACAGAAAAGAGCUGAGCGGCGUGUUCCGGCUGUGUCUUACCGACGAAGAGGUCGUGUUUGUAAGGCUCAAUACUGAAGUGGCCAGUGUGGUCGUCCAGCUCCUGAGCAUUCGUCGCUGUGGGCACUCAGAGCAGUACUUCUUCUUGGAAGUCGGCAGGUCCACCGUCAUCGGUCCAGGGGAGCUGUGGAUGCAGGUAGAUGAUAGUGUGGUGGCCCAAAAUAUGCAUGAGUUGUUUUUGGAGAAAAUGAGAGCCCUGUGCGCAGACGAAUACAGAGCCCGAUGCCGCAGCUACAGCAUCAGUGUUGGCGCCCACCUGUUAACCCUGCUGUCCACUAGGAGGCACCUAGGCUUGCUCCCGCUGGAGCCCGGCGGCUGGCUCCGAAGAGCCCGCUUUGAGCAAUUUCGCCACCUCAGGGCUAUCGGUGAUAGGGAAGAGGAGAUGCUGUUUACCAGGCGCCUCAUACCCAACGAGCCUCUACCUCCCUCCAGGAGAGGAAGGGGGCACCUGCCCAGAGCCCGCAGGUCCAGGAGAGCGGUUUCAGUACCACCCAGCUUUUUCCGCCCGGUGACUCCUAGCCCCCGUGUACAUGUCUCACACCCUGAAGAAGACUUCAACGACAGAGCUUGUGAAGCCUCGGGCUCCAGCUCUGGCAACUCUGAAGAAAAAGACAAGGAAAGUGAGGAAGGGAACGGAGGUGAUUACAUGCCCAUGAACAACUGGGGCUCAGGAAAUGGCCGGGGCUCAGGAGGUGGACAGGGCUCAAGUGGCCAAGGCACCAGUAGCCAGAGCUCAGGAGGAAACCAGUGCUCAGGUGGCAGGCAGGGAUCUGGAGGCGGCCAGGGCUCAGGAGGCCAGGGCUCAGGAGGCCAGGGUUCAGGAGGUCAGGGUGCUGGAGGAAACCAGUGCUCAGGAAAUGGCCAGGGCACGGCAGGUGGCCAUGGCUCAGGUGGAGGCCAGAGGCCUGGAGGUGGCCAUGGCUCAAGUGGUGGCCAGGAACCUGGAGAUGGUCAUGGCUCAGGUGGUGGCAAGAACUCAGGAGGAGGCAAGGGCUCAGGAAGUGGAAAGAACUCCAACGAUGGUGACCGUGGAAAAUCUCUGAAGAAGAGAUCAUACUUUAGUAAAUUCACUCAGAGUAAGCAACAGCAAAUGCUUCCUCCACCGCCACCUCCACCACCAACAGCUGGAGCAGCUGGUGGAAAAGGGAAGUCUGGAGGAAGAUUCCGACUUUAUUUCUGUGCUGACAGGGGAGCCACAAAAGAACGCAAAGAGGCCAAAGAGAUGAGAGAUAUGGAGAGCUCAGAAGGUGCAACCCGGGGACCACACAGAGCCAGAGCUUUCGAUGAAGAUGAGGAUGACCCAUAUGUGCCAAUGAGGCCAGGGGUGGCCGCUCCUCUUGCAUGUUCCAGUGACUAUAUGCCAAUGGCUCCUCAAAAUUUCUCUGCUUCAAAAAAGCGCCACUCUAGGUCACCCUUUGAAGACUCCAGAGGGUACAUGAUGAUGUUUCCCAGAGUGAGCCCACCACCACCUGCACCAAGUCCUCCAAAAGCACCAGACACUAAUAAAGAGGAUGACUCUAAGGACAAUGACAGUGACAGUGACUACAUGUUUAUGGCUCCUGGAGCAGGUGCAAUUCCUAAAAAUCCCCCCAAUCCUCAGGGAGGCUCUUCCUCUAAAAGUUGGAGCUCUUACUUCUCUCUGCCAAGUCCUUUUCAGAGUUCACCCUUGGGACAGAGCGACCAUAGUGAGUAUGUUCCGAUGUUGCCUGGGAAAUUCCUGGGGAGGGGUCUAGACAAAGAAGCCUCCUUCAGCCAGGGCACCAAAGAUGUGGCUUCAAAGCCUUCCACUGAGGGGUCAUUCUCAAAACCUGGAGAUAGGGGGUCACCUGCAAAGCCUUCAGAUGACGAACCCCCAGAGAACAAGGCUAAGAGACCUAACAGACUUUCUUUUAUUGCAAAAGGAAAUAAAAUCAAUCCCAAUCAAGUAGAGCCCACACAGGAGCAGAGAGGAGCUGACAGCUCUCGUGACUAUAUCAACACUGACUUCAUUAAGAGAGAGCGCCAUGUGCCAGCUCCCCCUGCUCAAGGACUGCCAGAUCCAUGGGGCUUAAUUGCUGACUCCAGACGCACAGCUUUUUCUAACUACCUGAAUAUUGAAAUCGGGGUGCCCUUUUCAAAUCCAGCAAUCCGCCUUUCAGAUCUUUUAAGAGUUCUACCAGGUGCCAACACCAUCUAUCUGGCCGGUGCUAGGUGGCCCUUUCGUCUUUUCCCAGGCAACGCUACAGGUAGUAUUAUGGAAGAGGGUGAAUACAUUGAAGUAAUUUUCAACCCAGCCAUGAGACCAGUCGUGCCUUUUGGUGACACUACCAUUCGCUAUGAUGCUCAAACCGGUCAAAUCUGUGUAGUCGACCCAUUUUCUGAGUGCUGUAUGAACGUUUCUCUCUCUCCCGGUCCAUUCUCUGAACGGCCACCUGUAGCUAGGCUGCUGCAGGAGGAAGUGCAGGAGAGAAGACGCCAGCAAAGCCAUUCCCAAAGUAUAUUUGCCAACACCCGAGCCGCUGUCUCUGCUUUCCCGACUGACAGCUUGGACAGAGACUUUCCCGCCGCUUCUGCCCGGGUUGCUGUUCCAGCUGGGGCGCCCCUCUUGGCAGUGAGCCGGGCAUUAGCUGUGGUCUCUGCGCUAGCCGCGGCCCCCGGCUUUGGCGCUGUCUUUGCCGGCUUCCAGGCCACUGUCGGAUUUGACUCCGCCUCCGUUCGCUGGUUCCAACCUGUUGCUAAUGUUCUCGGUGCCCAGGCUGUAAGGGGGGUCCAGGACAUGGCCGCAGGUUGGAAUCCUGGAGCUCUUAACCAAGCUGCCAGAGGUGAGGACCUGGCGGCCCAUGCUGCCGCUCCACCACCGCCACCUCGCCAGCGACGAGUGCUGAGACCCCCAGAGAGAGCGGUUUCUGAGGACAAUGACGACGAAGACAACGACAUUUACGUGAGAAUGGACUUUGCCAGACGUGACUACAAGAAGUGAUCACUCCCCGAAAAGAGUGAUUACAUUGCCACCCAAACCAAACAUACUUUACAAGAAAAGUGACACAGAAUUUCAACUUCGUCUACUCCAGAUCUGCCUAAAAGAAAGAAAAUUCUGAGGCUUCUGAACAGAAACUAGCCUCAAUUUCUACCAGUCAACUGGAUUGUGGCAACUGAAUGAGCCUGCUCAUGGAGUUCAUUCUCACUACUGCCCCCUGGAUCCAUUGAUUGACUUAAAGAUGUGCACACUGUACAUUGGCUUUGUUUCCUAGUUUCCCUGAUCUAUCUCUUUGAAAGGAAUGAGAUGCUGUAAGUUAGUAUCUCAUAACACUUCCCUUUUCCUCUCUUAAAAUAUAUUCAGUCUGUGUAAAUAUAGCCAGCAUCAAUUUUAAUGACAUAUAAUACUUGGAUGAAAUUUCAACGUGAACAUCUUUAAACAAUGGCAGAUAAACAUAUUAAUGAAUGAGAAGGUAGGUAUGAUCUGGAAUAUUUUUCUGAUUAAUGCAUACUUAAGACAUUUCUUGAUCAAGGAAUUAAUGUGAACUGAACUUCUAUCUUGCCGAGGCAUUUUCAAUAUUUAAAGACACGACUAAAGGGCAAAUUAUCUCUGAGUUUGCUCAUUAACAAUACUACAGCAUUCUAUCGACACUUAUAAUCAACUAACGUAUGCCUUGACAGAGCAUUUUAAAGGCAGAGUCAAGGAGCAGGUUGUCUACUUGUUCAUGUGGAACCUGCCAUGUUCUGCUAGUGGAUUGAACAUUUCCAAACCUAUUGUUUUGAUUUUAUUUUGAAACCUACAUUUAUCCCUGAAAAGAGGCAAGCCUCUGCCUCAAAAGACCCUUUCUGCCUCUCUGGGGGCUCCUCCCUCCUAUUCUUCAAACUGUCUCCCCCUCUUUCUGUCCUUUCCCCCAGUAACCAUUGUCCCUCCCAUGCCCAGGACACCUAUAAAGAAAUUAGUUUCCCAUAUUCAGGAAUUAGUGUUUACCUAUCAAUUGAUCAUCUGCCUAAAAUUUAAGUCAAAAGGAACCUCUUAUAUGGCCUUGUUUCCUUCUGGACAAUUGAGCCAAUAUAAGAUGUACAAAAUUUAAAAGAAAAAAAUCAGAGCAAGCUCCCCCAUUCCUAUUUUUGCUUGCCUCUGAUGGAAACUGAAUUAAGAUUUCAGGAACCUGGGCCUUUGAGAACAUGAUAACAACAGGUGGUGACCACACAGGAUAGAAACAAAGGUCUUGAAGCUUGCUUAGAGCUUUGUUAUGUGUUGGCAUACAGCUCUUGGCUGUAGUACCAUCACUGGCAAACCUCAUCAUCUCACAGAUGGGUGUGAGUGUUUGAGCAAGUGUCUGCAAAAGUGUGUGAGUGCUAGUGUGUAUAUGCACACAUUUGUGUGUAUGAACACCCUUGUGUACCUGUGAACAUGUGAUUAUAGACGUACCUGUUGUGUGUAACUCUGUUUUAAAAAAAAUUGCUUCGCAUUUAACGUGCAACUUUGAAGUAGUGUAAUAUUUACCUGAAGUUCUUUGCCACUCGGUUCCUACAUCUUUGAACGUGUGCUUCUAUCUUUGAGCAGGCUUCUAGUACAUGUUGCUGAACUAACUUUCUAAAGAACCGAGUAGACUUCUACUGUUUCUCCCUGCCUACCAAGCAAAGGGAUGGGGGGGUGCUCCUUUUUCCUUGUGUGAAUUGUGCUGAGAGGAUGUAGCUUCAAUGCCAGUCACUGACCCGGUUUCUGGUCAUUGCUAGGGCAUCACUUUCAUCAGUCCCUUCAGACUCCUCUCUUAUUCCUACCUAAUUCGGUAAUGCAGUGUGGCUUUUGUUCAUCGUAACAGUGUACUCUUUAGGCAGCCUUUCUUCAGGCCUUCUGUUACCAUUUUAUAUUCAAGUGAGUUGUCAUAAUCAUUCAGAAUUGUAGCAGGAAAAGAUUAUUUUGGGGGAAACUGCUGUAUUCCUUUACUCACAUAUUCGGUUUAGGGGCUGCCAAUAGACAGGGUACAGAAGGUAGAGCACAGAGGUAGCACACUUGCUGAAUAAAUGAAUGGAAACCUCAUACACAACAGUCCAUACAAUUAGUCACAGGUACAAAUAGUCACAGGUACAGCAUAACAAAUAUGCAAUCUCUCUGACACAACUUCUUAGUUUACAGAUCAAAUGAAUUAAUUUAUUCAGUAUUGUGCUGGAAGAAUCUAUGGAAUAUGUGUACCGACACACCACUUACCUUCCAGUGAUGUUUAAGCUGCUGAGAAAAAGCAAUGAUGGAACGAUUUGUGUGUGUGACUGCUACAUUAGUUUGGUGUCAUACAUAGUUACUUGGUCAGUAAAAACGAAAGCUUUACAGUUCCGACGGUUCAUUACAUUUGCUAUUUCUGCUUCACAGACCUGCUUUGAGUUGCUCUGUGUUUGUCUUCCUUUGUAAAUACCCUUAAACUUUCUUGUUUGUAAGCAUCUCAUUUGCAGUUUUGGGAGACAACCUUGCAACUCUGUAUAGUGUUUAUAUAUAUAUCUGACUUGCUUUUCCAUAGAGCUACUUGCAAUAAAUGUGUUCAUGCAACUUA